AUGUCGACGGCGGAGAGUCUCAACAGCCAGGAGAUCAUCGAUGUGAUGCACCCUCAGACUGGGAAGACUGAGAUAUUGCUUGGGAUAUGUCGAGGUGAGCCCCUGACAGAUUCAGGUAAACGACUUCAGCUGUUGAAGAUUCUAGCGCUGACUCUCCUACCAAUCCUUGGACUGUGGGCAUUCACCGUGUACAGCUUGUCAGAUAGCAUCCAAGGAAAGGCCGACAUAGAACAGACUCAAUAUGCUGUAAAGUUCAGUGUGGAGAUCGGGAAGUUUUUAGACAGGAUCCAAAGAGAGCGAGACAUGUCUGUUCUCUAUCUGAGCAUCCUGGGACCAGAAACCAAGACUUUUCUGAUGAACGAAUACCUGUUAACAGACCAGGCUCUGGACCAGCUCUCUGACUGGCCUGUCAGGAACGAUGUCAAUUCCAUGUUUCACUCCAAGCAAGCCUUUCACAACUUUCUCAAAGAACACCGAAAGAGUCUCGAUCCAAGCAACUUCGACAUAUACGUCGAAAUGGAGUUCUACAGUUUCCUCAUAGAACGUUUCGUAGAAUGGAUGUACGACGCCAUUAGAGAAUCCAAAAUGGCGUCCAUUUGGAAGAUCCUCGUGUCGUAUCAGAAGAUAGUCACAGGAAUGGAACAGAUUGGCAUAGAGAGGGCUUUGGGCGCUGUGUACUACGUCAGCGGAGGUUUCCCCACGAAGAGCGACUACGAAAACUACAAUAAUAAAGUUCACGUAUUCAAAGCCAACUACAGAUCUGCUGUCCUCUACUCUAAGAUCAUCGACCCUAUCUUUCAGGAGGGAGUCACCAGUAGCGGCACCAAUCUCACUGCUGUCAUUGAACGCUUCCGAUUCGAGAUCCAGCACACCCUGGAGAUUGCACCUUCCAUUACGAAGGGACAGUGGUGGUUUGACAACAUGACGCUGUACCUCGAUACGCUGUUGGUAAUCCAGAUGGAUCUGGCCAUGCUGAUUAACGGGCAGCUGGAAGAGAUUAUUAAAGGAGAAGAAAAGAACUUGAUCAUCAGCGCAACCUUCCUGGUAGUUGUCAUCUUGAUGUGUCCACUCGUCAUCUAUUCAGUUGAAGCACUGACUAGCGACAUCCAGAAGUACGCCAUUACUCUUGUCCACAAGACAAAGGAGUUGUCCAGAGAGAAGAAAAAGACGGACAGCUUGCUAUAUCAGAUGGUUCCAAGGCCGGUUGCUGACAAGCUGAAAAUGGCAGAGGAUGUUGAUGCUGAGUACUAUAAAUCAGUGACUAUAAUGUUCUCGGAUAUUUUCGGCUUCACGCGAAUAUCAACCGAGUGUUCCCCUCUUGAAAUCGUUAGCCUCUUGAAUCAUCUCUACACGGCCAUUGAUGAGCGUCUCGACAACCACGAGGUGUACAAAGUGGAAACUAUCAACGAUUCUUACAUGGUCGCAUCAGGUCUCCCGAACCGUAUCGGUAACCGUCAUUCUGCUGAAGUCGCUGCACUGGCCCUGGAUUUGCUGCACAUGAUGGCCCAGAGGCGCUUCUCCACGCCAGGCGAAAGACUCAUUCAACUGCGUAUUGGCAUCAACACUGGUCCUUGUAUGGCUGGUAUUGUCGGAACAAUCAUGCCCCGCUAUUGCUUGUUCGGGGACACGGUUAACACGGCCUCGCGAAUGAAAAGUUACGGACUGCCCAACAAGAUUCACAUCAGCUCCAGCACGCACAGUUCCUUGAAGAAACACGGAACGUUUGUUAUGCGACACCGCGGAAACAUACAAGUCAAGGGUAAAGGAACCAUGAAGACGUUCUGGCUUGUCGGCACAUGUGACGGAGGCAGCAAGAUCUCGGACGAACUCCCGCCGAACGACGAGAACACGUACGCACGAGACGCGAACGAGGAACUUCCGGGCGAGAUACAGCAGUAUUAUCCAUCACAGGUCCCGGCUGGGAAGCUGGAGAUGUUCUCGAUGGGCCAGCUGCAGGAGAAGCUGGCUGACCAGCUGGGGUUCAAGGAUGAUUCUGAAUGCUCUGGGGGUCAAAUUCUGAGUCAGAAUCAGAAUCAGAAUCAGAAUCAGAAUCAGAAUCAGACAACGCCGUGCCAGUCACUUGCUCAGUAG